UUCAAAGACCAGCGAACUUCGAGCAGAUGGGUUACAAACUGGCGCUGAGCGAUGACGAGACUGUAGCCACAGUACGCAUGCCUGGAUUGUCUAUUGAAGACUUCGAUAGAGAUGGUAAUCCAAAAAUUACAAGCCUGCUGCAUAUCGUUUCUUCCAUGAAUUGCUUUGUGCAAGACAAGGCUCUGGACAGUUCGGGUCGGACAUUUUAUGGUUACGAAAAACUACUACGAGCUGCUGUCAUCUUUAUGGCGUCAACGGAAUUAGAGAUACACGAGGCCAUGUAUGAUGGAGCGGUACCAAAAUGGCCUCUUGAUUAUAAGAUGAAACUUAACGAUGUUGGAAACUCAUCUAUAGGUACCACUGGCGAACUAACAGUUGCUUCUACUGGGCAGACGUUGUUCCGAACCGGCUACCGGUUUGUUCACGUCAACCCGAUAACUAGACGAUCAAUGCCUUUACCUGAUUGGUGGAGAGAAAAACAUUGUAAUGACGUCAUUGCUAAGGAACCUUUGAUAGUACAGAGAACUCCCAGACCAGGUGAUACUCAUGUUUUCAAGGUAAGAGUCAUGUGGACUGAUACGGACAAUAACAAUCACGCAACCUGGACGUCAUAUGUUCAGUUCUCUAUCAACGCUAUGCAUGAUGGGAUAAGGAAGAAUUUCUACAAGAACGUCAAUGAAGAGGUCGUGCGAAGAGGCCUGCGGAAAAUCAGGAUGCGGUUUAUGAGAGAAAGUCUUGAAGGCGUUGAGUUGAUCGUUCACAGCUGGGGAAGUGCAGAAGACGACACAACAGUUUGCUGUGAAAUAGAAAAUGCGGAUGGGAAAGUUGUAUUUCACACCACGCUCGGCUAUCCCAGCUGUGUAGCAAAAAUGUAAGAUGACCAGUUUCAAUAUGUAUAGACCUCAUUGAGGGGUCAUUGAUGACUGACUCGUUAAAACGGCAACUUAAAGUUUUGAUAUUUACAAUUAAUAUGUGUUUGUGUAUAUAUGACUGUGUACGAACGGGAGUGUACAUUAAUUUGACUAAAUGACUAGCUGUGAUUUUCUGUACCGCUAGCUGCAUUAUUAACUACGACCUAUGCGGUAGUUAAUAAUGACACUAACGAUACAGAAAUUCACUUCCGUCUGACUCGGUAAUAAAGACAGUUUCGGGAGCACGUAUGCACAUAUUUUUCAGUGGAAUAAACACAGGUAACAAAUCGUACAUUAUGACGUAUAUUAAAUUUAAUUUAAUACUGACGAUGCAAAUAAAUGCAUUCUUGGUGAAAAUACGCUAACAAAUCAGAACAGCGAGUCCAGUGUCAUUGUCCGACAAUGUGUAACGGACAUAGUUGACCGGACACAAUAUUUCAUAUG